CAAAGCAGGAAAGGUGUUUGAGUGGGGUUUGCCGAUGAGUUGGCCCUGGUCAUGCUGAGAUGUCAGGCCUCUGGGCAGAAAGGUCCAAGCUGGGUCUCAAAUGGGACUAGGAGAGAUGACAGAACUACAGGUGAGUGAAAUUGCCUGGGGCCAAUGGGAGGCAGUUUAUUGCAGGCAGGGGAGAGGAUGAUGACCAAGAACAAAAUACCAGCAUUUAUAGGGCAGGCAAGCUAAAGGAGAUCUAGUCAUCAAGAUAAGAAAAGAACAGUUAGGUAAUCAGUCUUAGGGAAAAAAUAGUGAUAUAGAAGCCAAAGGGAAAGGAAAGUAUUUAAAAAAAUACGGAAGGUUCACAUGUCAGGUGCUGGGGAGAGAUGAAGUAAAGAAAGAACUGAAAAGGCUCCAGCCAAGUUGGUAACUUGGAUAUAUCUUUGACCUUAGCAAUAGCAGUUUGAAUUGAAUCAUUAGAGCAGAAGCCAGAUUGCAGACCUUUGAAUGAGUAGGAGUUAAGGAAUGGGUUGCAAAUGUUGAGGAUUCUUUGAAAACCUUGGAAGAGAAGGGGAAAUUUGAGCAAGAGUUAAAGAGGCACUUGUGUUACCAGAAAAAAUACAAGAUGUCCUUUAUGUUUAUUGCUAAAUCUGGCUACCUAGCGACAAGGCAGGAUAUUUUUUUUAAGUAGGGGAGUGACAGAGGGACUUGAAUAUGUUGACAUGUUAAGGAAAAAGGUAUAGUAGUCAGAAGUUGAAGAUUCAUGAGAAAGGUUAAGAGUGAAUGGAAUAAGGCCCUGGAGGAGAGGGAUGGAGUAGGCUCCGUUUUGUAGUUUGUAGAGGGAGAACCUGGCUACCUCAUCUGGGUUCCCAUAGAACCUUAUCUACACUGCUAUUAAGGCGUGAGUAAAUGGUGUUAGAGCCCUUUGCAUAUUUCUUUGUUUUGAGACUCAGAGUCUCUUAAAAGUAAAAAUUAUGCCCACCUUUGCCUUAAUUUGAAACUGUGGGUCUUUUAGGAAUAAAACCUAUGCCCACUUGUGCCUAGCAGAGUGCCUUGCACAUAGUGAGCCCUUGAAGGGUGAGUUGGCUCCAAGUGGUAUAAAAUGGCAAGCUUCAUUUGGGCCCACCUCUGUGUUCUGGUCUGCAUGUGCACCUCUUACUGGUGGGUAAUGGUGGGGUAGGCUGGGGACGGCGUCUUUCAUUUUAACCAGCUCUUAGAAAAAUGCACACAAGUCAAUUCUUUUUUUCAUGGAUGGACAAGUAACUCAAUUUAGAAAUUAAAAGAAGUAUUGUGCUUCUUAAAAACUUGAAGUGCCCAAUUUAUAAAAUUGCUCAGUGCAUUGGUAUUCCACCCACUCUUUGAGGUUAAAUGCUUUUCUCUUGACAGGUAAUCUUUUUUUUCCUCUGUAACCUGUUUGAGCCUAGUCUUUAAAAAAUGUGUAUCUGCCAGAAUUACUUUCCAUUACAUUUUUGUGAAACUCAAAAUCAUAUUGUAUAACUCAGCUAUUGCAACUUCUUUAUAGGCCAAAAGAAGAUGGGUGCUUAGGUGUUCAGAAAAUAUCACGGUCACCUUAUUCUCUUCCAGAUUAUCCCUCCCCACCCCUCAGCCCCAGGUUCUGAAUCCUCACUGAACAAAGCUUUGUUUGGUUGCUUCAGUCUCCAAGGAACAGAAAAGUCCCAUGUUCUGGGAAACCCUUAAGUCCCAGCCGAGGAUCCAAACUGCUAAGAUGUCUGUCAGUUGGUGGAGUGGAGUAUGAUGUGCAGCAUCUACCAAGAAUGCCAGGCAGGAAACAAAAGGUGUUGGCACCAAAGAGAAUUUAGUGCUGCCACCAAAGAGAAUUUAACGUGGAUGAACUGAACAUACUCCAUAAAUAUUCUCUCAAAUUAGAUUUUGGCUGUUUCUGAUGCUUGGAAGUUAUUCUUUCAACUACAAAGAUGGUAGUAAAUCUUUGCCUUCCACAGUUCAGACCAAGAAUUCACUGCAACAAGAUAUCAGCUGAUGGUUAUGAAGUAGAAAAUCUCAUCUCUGAAGACCUCACAAAGAGAAGUCGUGGUUUUAGGUCAGAGUAUUUCAUUAGGCCACCAGUCUAUGUGACUGUUUCCUUUCCUUUUACUGUAGAAAUCUGUAGGAUUAACAUAGACCUCACAGCCGGGGGAGGCCAGAAUGUCACUGGCCUGGAAAUGUACACAUCUGCCUUAUCCAGUAGUGCAUCUUGGGGUACCUCCGAGUGCCAAACCCCAGGCCCAGCUGAGCCAUCCAUCCCAAACAAAGAGAUGUUCACCUUGGUAGGCAAAGUCUUGUUGAAAAACCAGAGCCAAGUGGUAUUUACCCACAGGGGCUUCAAGGCUAGGCCACCUUUUGGCCCAAUGGAAGCCACACUUCCCUCCCCUGCUGUUGUGACCCAAGAGCUCUGGAAUAAAGGGGCUCUUUCCCUUAGCCACGUGGCCCAUCUCAAGAUCUGUAUCACUCACAUAACAGGCAGCGCUAUCCCUUGUAUCAAGCGGUUGGAAGUGUGGGGUCAGCCAGCCAAAACCUGCUCUCAGGAGGUCAUAGACAGUGUCCUGCUGGUUGCCUCAGAGAGCCUCCCUCAGAGCUUGGCUCAGCAGGCCCCAGCCUUGCCCAUGGAGAGUGACUGUGACCCCCGGAGCCAAUCUGAGGACCAGCAGGCCCCCACCAGCUUGCAGGAGCUGGCUGAGGUAAUUCGAGAUGUGCCGGAGGAGUUCCUGGAUCCCAUCACCCUAGAAAUUAUGCCUUGCCCCAUGCUGCUCCCCUCAGGCAAGGUCAUCGAUCAGAGCACGCUGGAGAAAUGUAACCGCAGUGAAGCUGCAUGGGGCCGGGUGCCCAGCGACCCUUUCACAGGAGUGGCCUUUACUCCACACUCCCAGCCCCUGCCACACCCCUCCCUAAAGGCACGGAUUGACCAUUUCCUGCUCCAGUACUCCAUCCCUGGCUGCCAUCUGCUUGGGAGAGCACAGACUGCAGUGACAGUGAUCCCUUCCUCCAUUGCUAUGCCUUCUCGGAAAAGGAAGAUGGAACAAGCCGAACAGGCCCCAGGCAGUAGCCUUGAUAUAAUUCCCUCCUGUUUUUCUACCACAAGCCCUCUGGUCUCGCCCACUACCUCAGAGCAUACUGCUAAGAAAGUGAAAGCUGCCAGUGAGCUUGGCCUAACACAAAUGGACUGCUCAACAGGUCCAGUAUCCCAUGAGCAGAAGCUGUCCCAAAGCUUGGAAAUUGCCUUGACAUCAACCCUUGGCUCCAUGCCCUCCUUCACAGCUCGGCUGACCAGGGGACAGCUGCAACACCUUGGCGCAAGAGGGAGCAGCAUUUCCUGGAGGCCAGGCACCAGCUCGGCCUGGGAGCGUCCUGGGUCCCGAGUGUGCCUCCUGCAAAAGAGUGUUUUCUCCGUACUUCAAGAAGGAACCUGUGUACCAGCUACCCUGUGGCCAUCUCUUGUGCCGACCCUGCCUAGGGGAGAAACAGCGAUCCCUGCCUAUGACCUGCACAACCUGCCAGCGGCCAUUCGCCAGCCAGGAUGUGCUGCGGGUCCACUUCUGACUGGCCAUCCUCCUGCAGAGAAGACCCAGUGCUGGGAGGAUCUGAGGGGGAGCAGCAAUGGGGGGCAUAGCUACCCCAAAGUCAGGCCAAGUCCCAGGCACAGAGGGCCUGAGGAGGGGUUCCUGACCUGCCUUUUCUUUUCCAGGGGGCUUUCCCUUUAUCACAUCACACAUGUAGCAUGGAGAUGGGGGGAGGGGCACUACCCUCUUGCUAAGUGGCAAUAGCAUAACAAAGCCAUAGGUUGGGAUGCAAGGGGUGGGAUGAAAUCCCUGCCCUCCUGUGCUUCCCUGCCACUCCCCCUGCUGGAGCCAACUCGCCCGGGGCAGAAGUCCCCCUGUUGAGGGUCCCCCAAGUUGUCUCUACACACCCCCUUAGGCUUGUCUGAGCUAGCGUGUGCCCACACACACACACACACACAAACAUACCCAUCCAGUGGGGCAGAUGUGAGUGGAGCACAACUGAUUGUGAUUUGGGACCUAAAGGAGUGCCUCCUCCUUCCUGGUGUCCCCUAAAAGUGAAUGGUGCAUCCCCCAUCUAGCAGACCACGCUGAGCCUUAAUAAAGUGAUGGUUGACAUGCUGCA